AGUCGAGGAAGCUCAUUAAGGGCUGCAUCGCGCUUGCUAUCCUAAAAAACAGUCCCCAGCUUCUCUUGCCGCAGCCGCUCCAAGUCCUGCGUCAGCGCGAGCUAGCGAAGCAGAGCUCCAGAGAGCAGCCAUCUAGCCACUCCUCGGCGUGCGCGCGCCGCGCCGUCGCUGCAUGAGCUCAGAGGAAGGUAGUCCUACUGUUGUACAUACUGAAAUGAGAAGCCGCCGCACCCGCAUGUCGCCCGAGCCGGAGGCUAUCGGAGAGGACGCUCCAGCGGUGGUCGUCGAGGAAGCAGAAGAGUUGUUAGGAAACGACGAGGCACCUGAACAAUCGACGACCCCGGUCGGCCGCGUUUAUGCUUUCUACGAACGACUCUCCACCACAUUCAGCUGGCGCUACGUCGCUAUCGUCUCGUUAGUCUACGGCGUCAAUCAAGGAGUGGGAGAAGCGUGUCUGUUCACGGCGCAAAAGUACUACCUGUUUGACUAUCUCAAAUUAACACCAGCUCGUUAUUCAAAAGUAGACGGCUUCGCGAACAUCCCCUGGCAGGUCAAGGCCUUGUAUGGCAUGGUUUCUGAUUCAUUUAGCAUCUAUGGGCUUCGAAAGACGCCCUACAUCAUCUUAGCUUCUAUUGGCGGUAUAGUAUCCGCAGCGUCGUUGUGGUUGGCCCGCCUCGACUACCAGACGGCUGCUGCAUUAUUAUUGAUAGCAAAUCUCUCGAUCGCGUCGCCGGACGUGAUGAUCGACGGGACGACCGCCGAGAAUAGUAGAAAGUUCCCGAAGCUCGCCGCGGACCUCCAGACGCUGAGCUGGGCUAGUCUCUACGGCUGCGCCAUGGUCGCGAACCUAGCUGUGGGAGAACUGGUAAAACCGUCGUCGAUCGGCGCUCGGGGCGUGUUUGGUUUGUUGUGGCUGACGUCGCUCGCGGCGUUGUUGCCCGCUUGUUUAGGAUGGUUAGGAGAAAGACCCGCUACGGUGAUACAUGAAGCGUCGUCAGACAGAAAACGGGUCUUCGCUUGUGCCUUCGCGACGUGUGCUGUGUCCGUCGCCGUCGGGAGUCUGCAGGCGUUCUCGACGUUUUCCGAUGUCGUGCAGGGCGUCUCGACCAUUAUCCUAGGAGUGGUGCUAGCAACCACAAUUCAUUUCUUGCUGAAACCCGUAUCAAAAGACCUGGCAGGAGCGGCAGUCUACAUCUUCCUGUCGGGGGCCUUGCAACCGGCCACCGACGUCAUGUUCGCGUGGUUCCAUUCCGACGGCAAAGCACACGGCAACUGCGCGACCCAUUGCCCCCCCGGAAAUGAAGACUGCGGCUGGGCGUCGGAAAGGCACUACCCGUGUAUUUCCCCCGAAUACUACUCUGCGAUGCGCGCGACGGCGCGGUUGUUUGGCCUCGCGGGCAUCGUGCUGUACAACGCCUACCUGAGCGACUGGUCGUACAGAAACGUGUUCGUGUUGGGCCACUGCGUGACCUUCGGUGCGAAUCUGUUGGAUUUUGUCUGGGUUUCGAGGUGGAACAUCUCUCUCGGAAUUGAUGAUCGAGCGUUCUUACUUGGUUUGGACGUGGUCCAGCCAGUGGUCAGUAAAAUAGCCAACAUGCCGUCCUACGUCCUCGCGGCCAAGGUCUGCCCGGCGGGCGUCGAGGCGACGCUGUUUGCUCUAUUGAUGGGUCUGUCGAACUUCGGCAGUACGAUCGGUUUAUAUAAUGGCGUCUUCCUGCUGAGUGCCUUCGGCGGCGUCGAACAGCCGGAAUUUAGGCAUUUACCGGCCUUCGUUCUGAUGCGGACGGUCUUCUAUUUGGCUCCCGUGGCGUUGGUUUUUAUUUUCGUGCCUAGGGGAAGGCCGUCUGAUGCAAUCGAGGAGGAGGACGUUGCUUCCAAGGAAAUCGAGCUGACUCCUGUUGCCGACGCUGCCGCUGUGUGAGUAACUCUAUGUAAUGUACAUGUGCGUC